UGUUACCUUGGAGAUAUUGGCGGACUCUCUCAUACUAGCCAAUAGAGCUACUAGAGAUUACCACAAAUACUGGUUCAACUGUUGUACCUGCUUCCUCCAUAGAUAGAGACGGGAACUACGGAAAAGAAUCGGGAAGAAAAGUCGAUGCGUACGGGGCUGCAGGGUAUGUGCGCAUCAUUAACACAAAGGCCAUCUGCAACGCAUGAUUUCGCCACGUGAAGUUCUCGAAUCCAUGGCUUUUGGCCAAUCACCCGGUCAAGAGAGCGGGGGAGAGGUUGUUAGUAGUCGACUGCAGCCUAAAGCCCAGCCUCCGGCAGAUCCGCCGCCGCUGUAUACAGAAGGCAGAAAUGAACCGGUAUCAGAGCACGACCCGCUGCUUCUACCAAAUAGUUACCAGCACGGUAGCCACCCCCAUGAACAUUCACGACAAGCUGCGUUACCCACAAUUCAAAACUUUCAAGACAGUGACGUACCUGCAGAUUGGAGCUAUUCGUACGGGUUUCGCGGAGACGUGUCAAUUCGACCUAAUACCGGUGAAACCAAUUCUUACGACUACGCUCUUUUUGGCUUGGCGCUUCACGAACUUCUGGAACAGCUGCGAUUGGCAAAUAUGAUUGCCGCGUCCCUGACAAUCGUCAUGCUGGCAUCGACUUGGCUUCUUAAAGUAAUCAUGGUGCAGUGGACCAAGGCUGUGCUGAGCGGGUUUCUCGUUUGUUUUGCGUUGACACUCUUAUUGGUGGAAUGCAUGAACAUCUGGAAGGUACCGUCCAUCGACAAGCCGUUGCGCGACAAUUUUGGAUUGAUAUACCACCCGGUUGGAAAAGCAAUUUAUCUUCUAGGAACCGCAUCAUUCUGUUGGGCUCUCGGUGGUAUUUGGGAAACGAUUCUAGGAGCGGUAUACUGUACGACCGGAGGAAUUCUGUGGGUUGCUUGGAUCAUUUAUCCCGAAUUUCGCAGACCUUACGAAACGGAUGAUGAUGCUGACGUAAUACAGUAUACUGGCCCACGGUCAGCGUCUUGGUCGUAUUACUCUACCAGCGUUUCGGCUUCUGUAGGAGAAACAUCGGAUUGCUGGAACUGUCCGACGUUACAGCAUCAAGACACGGUCUAGAACAGGAGCCAUCAUAAACACAAUCUACGGAGAAUAGACCUGUUGCUGUCCUCUGUAGAUCGCGUGGAAACUUGCACCUCUAACAGGAUCGUUACUUUCUCGUCAGAGAGGCUCGUUUGCAUGGAAGCCGUAUCCUUUAAAAUCUUGAUGGUCACAGCUUCUUUCGAUACCCCUGCUGGACUACGCUGACGGCACUAGAGUGGAUUACUAAUUUAGAAUGGUCUGCCUCUCCUUGUACACGGUCGGCUGACAGUGAUCCGUUUAAGCUAUUCGUGACUAACGUAAAUCCGGCCAAAAUCCAUGUCAC